GUCCAAGCUGUUUUAAAAAUGAAUGGUCUCACACUAAAAAAUCAAUUUAAAAAAAAUAAAAAUAAAAUUGUGGUAACAUGCUAUUUGGUAAGAUUGCUUUUACAGUUCACAGGGAAAGAUCGUGGUUACGGAAGCUUUUUACUGGGCUUUUUCUACUGGUAGUCACGUGUUUGCUGGUUAUAUGGUCUUAUAUGGGAAAUGAAAGAAAGAAACGCCCUUCACCCAGUUUUUUGUCUCAGCACUGUGCAGGACUCCAGAACUCUGCAAACUCCGGCUCUCCUGCAGGAAUCAAUUCAGAAGUCUCAGAAAAGUCUCAGUCACUAAUAAACUCUUUUUACUCUGAAUUUGGAAUCAGUUUAGAUGGCUACUCCAGGUUACAGCAGGCUGUUUACUGGGCAGAUCCUGACAGAUCGAUCACAAAUGUGUCCAUGAGUACUAGUCCAGCCCACACCACAUUCAUCAUUGAGAACCUGAAAGAGAGCUACCAAACUAGUGAGAAGUUUUUUGUUACGGUGCACGCAAAGGACUUUGAUAAUAAAUCUAAGAGUUAUGGAGGCGACUUUUUUCAAGCCAAGCUGUUUUGGUCUAAAUCCAAGGCCAGUGUGUUUGGGGAGGUGGUGGACCUGCUCAACGGCUCCUACUCUGUGCGUUUCCUCCUGCCGUGGGUCGGCGAGGCCCAGGUGGCUGUGCGUCUAAUUCACUCCAGUGAGGCUGUGCAGGUCCUGAAGCGUCACAGAGAUACUGACUCUGACAGGGUGUACUUUAAUGGAUUUUACGAGGGACCAGGACCAAAUAAGACCAGGCUGAGUGAAGCAGUGAUGUGUAAUGUUAAGUGGGACAAGAAUGGACUAGAGCAUAUGGGAACUGGAGACUGUUGCUGUGAAUACAAAGAUCCCCGUACCGAAGAAAUAUGGCGCUGCCAGAGACCCAAAUCCCUGCCAUGCAGUGCCCGUGUGUACCAUUCUAUGGGCGGUUAUAGAAACCGUCUGACUAAUCAAGAGAAGAAGCUUAUGAAGCAAACUAACAAAGGUAUCAAUGGAGAUAAGAGCAUCAUCAAAAUUGUUCAUUCCCAUGGAAAUGAAACUAUUGAUGUAGCAGAGAAAUGUCAUCCUGGUUUACACACUCCAGUUCCAGCCGGCUUUUACCUCAAUGAUGUGUGGACGUCCUUUGUCUGUAGCACCCGACAUUUUACAACCCAAACGACAACAGAGUGCCUGAAAGACAAACACAUCUACAUGAUGGGAGACUCUACUAUCAGACAGUGGUUUGAGUUCUUUGUGAAAGCAGUACCAACCCUGAAACAGAUGAACCUGCAUGUCCAAUAUCAGUCAGGGCCGCUCCUAGCAGUGGAUGUGAAGAACAACAUUGACUUACACUGGAGGGCUCAUGGCAUUCCUCUGCGCAGUCGAAAAUCAGCAGUUGCUAAUCUGCACUACAUCAGUAAUGAGAUCGAUGACCUGGCUGGAGGACCCCACACGGUCAUUAUGUUUAAUCUGGGGCCCCAUUUCACCACGUACCCUCUGGAUUUCUACACCCAUAGAGUGUUGAGGAUCCGCAAAGCUGUUCUAGCAUUGUUACAGCGGGCGCCUGACACUACCGUUAUAAUCAAGACUGUCAACACUGGUUAUAAGGAUAUUUUCGGGAGUGAUUGGUAUUCUCUACAGUUGGACAGAAUUCUGCGUUGGGCUUUUCAGGAUGUUGGUGUUUAUAUUCUGGAUGUGUGGCAAAUGACGGCCUGUCACUACAGCAAAGAGAACAUUCAUCUAUGCCCCGUAAUCAUCAAAAACGAGAUUGACAUUUUACUCUCUUUUAUUUGCCCCGUAUACAUUUAAAUUAUUAAAUUUUACUACAGUUGAAAAUUCAAGUCAUGUGUAGAAAAACGUCUCGGUUACGUAU